AUGUACAACGCGGUAACACCUCGUAUCCGUAGCGGUUCUGAAAUGGAGGAAGAACAACAAGAUAAGAAAGCACAUAAAGCAUACUACGACAUGCUUCAGUUUGUUACAGAUGUGCAAAAGAGCAUUCCCAAACUGUGCCCUUGUGGAUCAAUCACGAAGGAAAUCGUAGAUGAAGAGGAUUCAUAUAACUACCUCCCUGGAAAACGAUUCUUCAUCUGCAAAGAUUACGAGGUGAAGAUGCUGAUUAGUCGAGUGUCUGAACUUGAGAGAGCCAUGUGA